AUGGCCGCUUCUGAGCUACCGGCAGGAUGUGUCGUCAUGGAGGGCUGGCUCAUGAAGCGGAGCCAGCAGCUCCUCCAGUGGCGCUGGCGAUAUGUUAAGCUCACCUCCGACCAGCACCUUGCGACCUUCACGUCCGAGCAGGGCGACGUCCUCACGAAUGAUGUCGACAUCGGUGGAGCCACUGCAGAGGCCACGGACUUCUUCCUGGCCGCUCCGGUGGAGUUCGGCUUCCUUGUGGCAUGCCGUGACAAAACGCUCCGCUUUGCGGCCGAGACGGCUGCCACGCGUGAGGAGUGGCUCCGGAAAAUCGCGAGCAUCGCUGGCCGAGAAAGUUUGGAUCCGGAGAAGGACGAGAGCCCGGGCUUCCGCCGCAGAGACUCGCCCAGCUCUUCAAUACUCCUGCAGCCUCUUGAGGAGUUUGUCGGUGAAGAGAGCCCAAAGGCCGGCAGUCCGGGCAAGGGCAAGGGCUCCAAGGGUCCUGGCAAGCCGGGCAAAGGCGGCCCUGGCAAGGGCCCCGGCAAGGCUCCGCCAAAGGGCAAAGGCAAAGGGCCCCCUGUCCCCGGAAAGGGGGUCCCUCGCUUGCGAACCAUGCCGAAGGCUUCGAGCCUACCGCUGGGUCGCCGCCUUUCUGUUCGGAUGCUCAAUGCAGACCAGGUUGCCGCCUUCGCCCCGGAGAAGAGGGACCACGCAUCGAGCUCUGAUGACGAGCCCAGCCCUUUGAACCCGGCGGCCGUGGAUUUGGAGGCCGAAGUACCACGAAGACCGCUUGGUUCGGUUGAGGGAGCGCGCCAGCCCUUGCUGCACCUAGGAGGGACGUAG